UGGGAGGAUAUGAAAGCGGUGUGCAAGUUGUUGGAUCCCAUCACGGGCAUGUUGCAGAUGGUGAACAACGACACGAGGCAGAUUGGCAAGAUUUUGCGUCGAUACGACGAGAUGAUCGUGCGCUGUUUGUUUACAUGUGCUACUUUUGCCAAGGAGGAGAAGGAUGCAGUGCUCAAAGUCGUCUUUGACACACGCCGAACCAAGUCCAAGUCGCCGGCUCACGUGGUUGCCAUGAUGUUGGAUCUAGAGUUUCGAGAUUACACGCUGCCAGACGACGAUGAGAUACAGCAUGGUUUGAAAGUUGCUCUGGUUCAGUUCGGGUACCCGAAGGGCUCGCACCAACACAACGAGGUCCUGCCUGCCAUCGACAAGUUUCAUGCUAGGGAACCGCCAUUCGACAACAUGGUCAUGGAUCAGGCGGCGCGGAGCUAUCCCCAUCCAGCCAAUUUCUGGGAGUGGAAGGAGAAGAGGUUCCCGCACACAACCUUCUUUGUCGGCAGGAUACUACGUGCAGGCUAUGUCAGGCCGAGGAACCCGCGCGACGGUGACGCAGGAGGAGUUGAUGCAGGCGAGAGAGAGGAUGCACGCCGUGUCCCACAUGGAGCCACUCGCCGAUUGCGGGAGUCCGACAGGAUGAGGCGUUGUGCCGGAGGUCGAGGAGGUGGUCGUCGGGGAGGUUGCGGACGAGGCGGGCGUAGAGGUCCUAGCGAGAGGACUAUCGCGAUUUGUCGAAUGUCGGCGGACGAGCUUGUACACAAGCGUCGACAAUGUUGGGACGAGGGAGACUUCUUGUAUGAGAGCUCGUCCAGUGACGGUGAGGAAUUCUUUGGGACUAGCACGCCUGCACAGAAUGGCGACAACGAUCUUGAUGACCGCGAUUUGGACGUAGACGACGACGAUCGUGGUGAUGGAGGAGAUCGGCCACGGCCCCGCUCAACAUAUAGAGACGGUGACAGAGGGCCUGACGAGGCAGCGGGACAUUAUCGAGAUGAGGGUGACGCUUGGUCAGGGAGCCGUUUAGGGGGAUCGAGACGUGGAGAUGGUGACACCAUGUAUGGUGACGGGGCAGGAGGCGACCACCGUGCAGCCUCGGAUGACGUUGGAGAUGGAGUGGACGAUGACGGUCCAGGACUUAUUCAGGGAAGUGCCCUGAAGCGCUUGAAACGUGGACGAAGGGAACGAGACACUAUGGGUUCACGUUUGCGCAGACGUCACGAUGGGGUUUCAGGCAUUCCACGAGCAAGAAUCCCUGCAAUUGAGCAGAUUCCAGUUUCCGAUGACUCUUUCAGCGAUGACGCCCACGAGGAGCGGAUCGAGCAGGAUGCUGGGAGCGGUCAUGCAUGGAAUGAUACUCAGACGAUGGAGCAAGAGAGUAUGCUUCCACCUCGCAUCGUUCAUGGAGUUCAGCCUGACGUAGGCAGGAAGGGGGUUGCUAUGCAACAAUCAGAUCCACAUGGAGCCGAUGCGGUUGACACUGAAUUGCGACCACCACCUGCAUGGAUGGAGGGCACUGUUGUUGCGUGUCCAGGCGACGAUUUCCCGGAAGGGGAGGUCUCACACACUCCCGCACCUGAGCAGAGUGUCGCAGACCAUAUUGGGCUCGCAUGCCCCACCGACAUUCUUCUGAGUACCGGAUCGUUAUUGGUCAUGGACGAGGCGCUCAUCUCUCUCCCAGACUUAUCUACUUUGAUAUCUCCUGGUCUACCCCACGUAUUAUCGCCCAAGCCACAUCAGUCUGUCGGCAUAGAGCGAGGACCAGACGCGUUUGAUGAGUUUGUAGGCGAUACGAUUAAGGUGUGCCCAACGGUGUUCGCCACGCCCACAAUUUUUCGUGUUGGCAGACCACACGAGGUAGACCUUGGUAAGGCCGAGACGACGACGCGACACCACCGCGACGGUCACCGCAGCAUUCUACAUCGUAGUUUGUCUGAUUCUUUCAGUGGCGCGGAGGAUGGUGGCUUUGUUGCACUCGACGCAGUCAAAAGAGCAGCAAGACCUCCACGUUCGCCGUCACACUCAGAGCAUCAGCCCAUCCACGCAGCUGCCGACGCAAUUGUGGGCGUCCCCGCCACGGACACCACGGACGCGACACAACAGCCUGUGGUGGGGUCAUCGGCAACAACAGUGCACGAUAGACCUACUGUUUUGCCGACAGUGGCAUUCUAUACCAGCGGGACGACUAGUCGAGGGUUGGACGAGCAGGAAGUCCGGAUUGUUGGCAGGCCAUCAGCACCAUCUAUGGGGACACGAUCCAUCAAGACUGUCGAUGGUGCUGGCCACACCACCAUGACAGAGUACGAGGCCCGACCCGGAAGUGUUUUGCCUACGAAGUCUGAUGUCCAGGGGAAGAGGGCCACAAAGGCGAGUUUUUCUCAGGCGAGGAAGAAGGCCUCGACAAGGAAGGCUCCACGUUCGUCGCCGCAUAUGCGUUCCCAUCUUAGGCGAUCCGGCCUUGUGCAUCUCGAGGACGGAGAGAUUGCACCUGACAGCGAUCCAUUGGAUAUUGGGGGGAGGGCUGCAACGACGACGAACAACAAAAUGUUGGAGGGAGGGUGUAGGGGAUACAGUGGCAGGUGAGAAGAGACGCGACAGUGUACUCAUUGUCCACGACGACAACACGGAUGUCGCCCCUGGAGAGA